AUAAUGAUUUUAAUAAAGAAAAAUUGAUCUCAUAAACAGAUUUUAAAUAACUGUUAGCUGUUAAAUCGCGAUCGCAAUCGCGCCACUAUGAAUUCAAUUAAAAUAGACACAUUUUUCUUCCAGCCAACAACUAAUCAUGGAUGGGAGUUCAAAAAAUUUUAUCAUAGUUAAUAUAAAUUUUUUCCAAUUUGCAAUCUUAAUUGCAGCUUGUCCACUAAUAACCUUGUUUAUUUGCAUUUUUAUAUCAAUAUACUUUCAUUCUGAGACUUCAACAUUAACUCAUUGUAAAGUUAAAAAUAUUUUACCAUCAUUAAGUGCUGCAUUUGGUGAUGAAAAUCCAGAAAAAUUUAUAUGGCAAAUAGGAGUUGCUUUUCAUUUAGGGCCUAGACUUUAUGUUGGUUAUUUAUAUAAAGGGCUUUAUAAUAGUUUAUUGCAAGAGAAGUAUUACACGCCUAGCAAAAUUAUAUCAAAACAUUAUUAUUAUACAAAUAUCUGUAGGCUUGCGACAUAUUUAUACUUUCAGGAAAUAAUAUCUUUAUCAAUUUUAACAUACAUCAGUUCUUCGGAUGAUUUCAUGAUACAUGCUGCAUCAUUUACAGUGUUUAUCAUUAGUUCUAUAAUAUACAUGAAGAUGUCAUGUAUAAUAUUCAGUCAUUAUACGUCCUUAUUUUCGUUAAACAAGAACCACGCAUUAUCGUUAAAGUUGAAAAGAAAAAUAUCUAAUUCAAUCAUUGUUAUCAUUAUUUUAGCUGCUUAUUUGUAUAGAAGGCAUAACACAUUUUGCGAACCAUAUGUUUAUUCGUUAUUCGCAUUGUCCGAAUAUACAUUCGUCAUCUUGAACAUCAUCUUUCACGGCUUAGCAAUAUUAGAUUUUGAUUCUUAUUGUGUAUCAUUUUUACCAUCUCACGAAAUAAGUGUAUUACAUAGAGUAUAAUA